GGGCUGAUCUCAUUCCCCUAAGAUGUCCUUUCCCAGGAGAUUAUUAGAGCUGCUUUGACUCUGAUUGACCUGGCUGGCUGCUAAGUCAGGUCUUAUGGCCGGGAAUGGGGAUGGGGCAUAUAGUACACUGACUGGCCAAAUAACAAGAUAACUUUCAUCAGGAGGUGAUGAUAACAGCUUCACUCUAUUCACAUGAAUGGAGAGUAGAUUUGGCCUAUUCUCAAAAGGAAAAAAAAACAGGGACACUUUUAACUAGAAGAAGGUAUUUGGAAAAACCAGUCCAUGACACCAGGCAAAGUAGAUUUCAAACAUUUUAACAUUGCCCCAUUUGAACUUCAGCACAAUUUGUGAGAAGUUUAUCCACCAACUUGGUAAAGAAGCUGUGCUCUAGAGAGGCUAACUGGCCAUUUGGUCUUAGCAGAGGAACCACUAUUUCAUCGUUCGGAUACAACUAUCACCUGGACCAGUAGACGUGUAGACUGGUGAGCACCACCCAGGCUGAAGGUAUCAAUGAGAAAGUGUCCCCUGGUUGCAGGCGUUGGAGAUGAUGACCACCAAGGUGAAAAGUACAGAGUGAGCAAAGCCGUGCUAUCAAGACGAACCAGGACCUUCUCCCAGAAACCCCCUGGACCCACAUUUUCUACAAUGACUUUUGGGGGACCCUGCUCACCCACAGCGGCAGCCACAAGUCCUACCGGCCCCUUUGCACUCUUUCUUUCCGCCUAAACCAUGCCAUCGGAGGGCUGAAUCCCUGGAGCUACCAUCUGGUCAAUGUGCUGUUGCACGCGGCUGUCACUGGUCUCUUCACAAACUUCUCUAAGAUCCUCCUGGGGGACGGGUACUGGACCUUCAUGGCUGGCUUGAUGUUCGCCUCUCACCCCAUCCACACGGAGGCAGUGGCCGGAAUCGUGGGCCGGGCUGAUGUGGGGGCCAGCUUCUUCUUCCUCCUGUCCUUGCUCUGCUACAUGAAACACUGCUCUACAAGAGGCUCCUCGGCCAGGACCUGGGGCUGGUUCCUGGGGACGGGCAUGUGCGCCGGAUGCAGCAUGUUAUGGAAGGAGCAAGGAGUCACGGUCUUGGCAGUUUCCGCCGUUUAUGACAUCUUUGUCUUUCACAGACUGAAAAUGAAACAGAUCUUACCCACCAUCUACAAAAGGAAGAACUUGUCUCUUUUUCUCAGCAUUAGUUUGUUAACUUUCUGGGGAACCUCCCUUUUGGGUGCCCGUUUAUACUGGAUGGGAAACAAACCACCAAGCUUUUCCAACUCUGACAACCCAGCUGCUGAUUCGGACAGCCUCCUGGCUCGCACGCUCACCUUCUUCUACUUGCCAACCAAGAACCUUUGGCUGUUGCUAUGCCCAGAUACCCUCAGUUUUGAUUGGUCAAUGGAUGCCGUGCCUCUGCUCAAAACAAUUUCUGAUUGGAGAAACUUGCACACUGUGGCCUUCUAUACUGGACUCCUCCUCCUCGCCUACUAUGGUUUGAAGAGCCCAAGCCUAGGAAGAGAAUGCAACGGGAAGUCUGUAACAAAUGGCAAGCAGAAUGCAAAUGGACAUAGCUGCCAUUCAGAGGUGGAGUAUGGGAACUCAGAGAUUAAAUCCAGCUUUGCAUCCAAAGUAGAAAAUGGCAUUAGAAACAAUGCAUCGCAGAGAACACAGCUUCCUUCUACGGAGAACAUAGUUGUUCUGUCUUUAUCUUUGUUAAUAAUACCCUUUGUUCCUGCCACGAACCUGUUUUUCUAUGUCGGCUUUGUAAUUGCAGAGCGAGUAUUGUAUAUUCCUAGUAUGGGCUUUUGCCUCCUCAUUACAGUGGGUGCCAGAGCCCUUUAUGUCAAAGUCCAAAAGAGGUUUCUCAAGAGCUUGAUUUUUUAUGCUACAGCUGCAUUAAUUGUUUUCUAUGGACUCAAGACGGCAAUCAGGAACGGAGACUGGCAGAAUGAGGAAAUGCUGUAUAGGUCAGGGAUAAAAGUAAACCCAGCUAAAGCGUGGGGUAACCUUGGAAAUGUUCUCAAGAGUCAGAGCAAAAUUUCUGAAGCUGAAAGCGCCUAUAGAAAUGCUUUGUAUUACCGAAGCAACAUGGCUGACAUGCUUUAUAAUUUAGGGUUACUUCUACAAGAGAACAGCAGGUUUGCAGAAGCACUACAUUAUUAUAAAUUGGCGAUUGGGAGCAGGCCUACACUGGCUUCUGCAUAUUUAAACACAGGUAUUAUUCUAAUGAACCAAGGAAAGACAGAAGAAGCCCGACGCACAUUCCUGAAGUGCUCUGAGAUCCCUGAUGAAAACCUGAAGGACCCUCAUGCCCACAAGAGCUCGGUCACCAGCUGUCUGUACAACCUGGGGAAACUCUACCAUGAGCAGGGACACUAUGAGGAUGCCCUUAGUGUAUACAAGGAAGCAAUUCAGAAAAUGCCUAGGCAAUUUGCACCACAGAGCUUGUACAACAUGAUGGGUGAAGCAUACAUGCGAUUAAGCAUGCUCCCUGAAGCAGAGCAUUGGUAUAUGGAAUCACUGAGAUCCAAGACUGACCACAUCCCUGCUCAUCUUACCUAUGGGAAACUACUUGCUCUAACAGUGAGUAACUGUCUCUCUCACCCUUUAGAAAUUGGUUCUCCUAUGCAGAUUGAGGUAGAUAGGGUCUGAGGUACCAGUUCCUAGCCAGUUAAUCCAGACUGUUAGGAUGUAAUGAUGGUCAUACUAAAUUAGAACAAUGUACAAAAAAUAUAGAAAAAUGAGUUCCUUUGGCUAUGGGAUUUGCCAUAGAUAAAGUAUGAUGUGUAUCCUUGAUGUACUUAGUUGAAAUAUAUAAAUGGAGAACCCAAAAUUUGUGAUUAUAUAAUGAACUUGUCAAAAUAACAAUAUUUGUAUAAAGAUUAUGUUCUGUAAGCCAAUGUUAACCCCAGAUUGGCUAUAACACUGGAUUCUUUCCAAAAAGCAAGUAUUAUAUAAAACAUUGCAUGUGUGUCCAUCAGUGUCACCUAGAAUUCCAAUUAACUAGAAGUCAUUCUGUAAGAGAAGUGCACCCAUAAUUUGGCUACCCACUGUGUGAUGAGUCUCUUGGCCAUAUUUCUAUGAAAGCGAUAUUGGAAGCAUAAGGACUUGUUUAUUGUCAACCACUGUGACUUACAAAAAUUGUAAUUUUAUGUGCUUCAAAGUAAUAAUAAUGUUUUUUUGUUUUUUACAGUCAGAGAUUGUUCAAAAUAUUUCGAUAGCUUUUCUGAGUUCACCAACUAAUAAAUGAUACAACUAGCCUUCAGUCUGAAUCUAAGUAUAUUGUCUAUGUUAUUUUAGUCAUAUCCCUUAAUUUCUCUCCAGUGUUACUAAAAAUAAGUGAAUAUUAGCAAAAUUAGCAAAAACAUAGAAUGGUCAGGAAAGUAAUUCCUAAGUAAAUUCAUAGAAAGGUAUCUUAUAAUUGUUUAAAAAUAAUGUUAUUUCCCAUAGAAGGUGAUAAGCUAAACAAGUACAAGUAUUACCUUUCCAUUCUAAGAUACCACUGAAAUGCUAUUUAGAGAUUAUAUAGGCAGACUAAGUAACCAGAAAACGUCUCACUACAACACAUCUAGGUGUGCUUAGUAAAUACAACAGAUAUGCUCUUAAUGCAUGGCUCAGCUCAAAGAGUAGGAAGAGAAUUUCCCCAGGGUAGAAAUAAAGCGGUAACUAAACACCAGAAUGGUAAACAGUAGGCUGACCUUAAAGUUGAUUUGGGAUAAUUUACUAGUCUUAACAACCCAUGAGAAGGAGCUUAUUGUCUGUCUUUCCUUCUUGAUGGAAUAAGAGGUGAAGUCUUAGACAGACAGAAGGCCAAGAAUUAGGUGUCUCAAUAAAGUAUGAAAGUUCAUAUCCUCUGUGAAAGAACAAUGUAGAAAAAGUUCACAUACUGGUAAAAGAGGGCAGCAUGAAAGUUUGCCUGUCUCAGCAUGGAAUCUGAAAUCUUUGCAGAGAAUUUGUCACCACUGUACUCCCCUCACUGGGGUUUGGGUUUUGAAUUAACUUUACUUGAAUGAGCAAGGAAUUCCUAGGCCAGGAAAUUAAAGUCAGUUCAUUGAAAACUCUAGCUGAAGAUGAUACUAAACAUGUCUUUUGAGAAGACAUAUUUAAAUCUAGAAGGAGAUUUACAGAGUGGGUUUUGAAAAGAACGGUGAGCACAGAAAUGUUGAUUGUGUGAGUAAAUCAGAAUAAACUUUUACUGAAUAAAAUAUUGAGAAGGAGUAACCUCAUAGGAACAAUGAGAAUGGGAGGGGAGGUGACAUUUAAGUUGAUUUUUGGAACUCAGGUAGCAGAAAGAGGUGUUACAACUGAUUCAUCAAAACAGAAUAAACCACUGUCUAAAGGAGGUUUGGAAUGGGAUAAAAAUAAGAAAUCUAGAGACUCAAGACUUGGUGGUAGCUGACAAAGAAGAGAGUGCAUUAAGGAGAAUAAAAUAGGCUAAUCAGUUGUCUCUCCCCGUGUGCACAACCCUAGUAGCCAAGCACUCACUGCAAGUCAAGGGAAGGUAUGUUCUUGGUGGUGAGGCAGUGGAAUGAGACAGCUCUCUCACUCAAACAGCUUGCCCAGUCGAGGGUGGAAUGCAGAGCAGAAUGAAAAGAGGACUGAUCAAAUGUUUUCCAGUGGAGUACUCAGACUGUCAAUACCUGUCCCCUGUUACUUGCAGAACACAACUACACAAGAGUUGAUACCCCCAGCCAGCAACACAUAUACACAAACCUCACCUCCCAAGAAAUGGUAGCAUUUUUAUCUGGAGAAACUGAAUCACUCUGGGGAAAAGAUUUCCAUAUACCUACAUUUGGAGAUCUCUGAAAAUGACUAGCUCCCUAAUCAGACUUAUGAAAGUGACUCUUUCCAGUCCAGAAAGCACAUUUAUGCCUGAAGAAUUCAUUCAGCUUUUAUUAACUCAACUUGUAAAAUAACAACGGGCAAUCAGAGAUCGUCUCUCGUAUUAGGAAACCCUGAAAUGUAAAAGAUUGGAGCUGAAACAAAUGGAUUAGCAAAAGGAAAUGAGGGAACAGAAGGAAAAAAUCGUUCGAGAUGGUAAUAUAGCAUUUUGUGGAGUGCAGGAUGAUAUAAAAAAAUAAAUAUGAAAAAACGAGAGCUUUUAGAAAUUAAAAAGUGAUGGCAAAACAAUUUUCAUUUGAAGGGUAGGAGAGUAAAAAUGUUGAAAUGUUUUCAUAUACAAACAAAAAAAUGAAAUAAAAUAUGUGAAAGAAAGAAUUAAGAAAGAAAUUAAUAUGGGGCCCCAAAAAAUAAGGAACAGAGAAAGAGAAAGAACACGACUCAGAAUUGCAGGGUAUGAGUUGCUGUUUGGUUCGUUUACAAGAUCGUACUAUGUCUAGUCUAAUCAGUUAGAAAAAAAUGUGUUUUACCUUAUGAAAACCUUUUCCAUUUCCUAUUCUGAUAAGAUGGUAAUUCACACAGCUCCAAAUAAGAAGAGAAUUCAUAUACAUCUCUUGCCGCAACUACUGUCUUUAGAUGUUCUUAUGGAAUUAAAAUAGAAACAUUUUAAAUUAGAUUGAUAAAUGGCCACCUUCAAAAAAUACCACAUUCAAAACUAAAAUUUUCAAAUGCCUGAUUUAUCUUUCCUCCAAUAAAAUCACUUGGAAAGGAAAAACAUUGAAAACUUAUCUGUACCUAAUUCUGAAUAUACCUAGACUGUGACAUAACUUUGUAUAUAGAAACUACGUAUCCUUUAUUUUUCCUUCUUGUUUCAAGUCUAAAUAUUUUAAGUUUCCUGUACUAAAACUAUGAUUUUACAUGCUGCUUUAUUUUUAAGAAGAUGUUUUUAAAAACAAAAUUUAGCAGUUUCAAUUUACUGAAGCAUAUGGAAGGAAGGGAAGAAAAGACAUGUAUUACAAUUCAAAUUCUAAUCCCCCCCACCAAUAGAACUUUUAUAGUUUCCGACUUGCUGAUUAGAUGAAAUAUAAACCCUAUUAUGGAAUGGCUUAAACUCACAGUGCCAAAAUGUCCAAAACCAUCGUUAAUAGUUUCUUUUUGAAUUAUGAGAUUUGGCAAAUUUUUGAUCCCAGUGGAUUGCCUUUGUCUAAUUUUGGGUUUCUUAGCCUGGUAAAAUGCCAUUGACUUAACAUGAAAUUGGCAAGGUAGAAAAUGCCACACAAUUUGACUCUGAAUGCUUUAAAUAUAAAAUAUUAUAAAAUGGAAUUGGCUAUUACUCUGAAGAGAGAGGAAAAGAAAUGGAAUGGUGUUUUUACUGUUCCGUCAGAACUGACCAAAAAUACAAUAUGUACAACUGACUUGCAACAAAAUUAAACUUAUAUUGUAUAUUAAGAUUUCAUAUAAAGAAUUAUAUUUUUCUGAAACAACUUUGACAAAAACAAAAAUGUUGGUGCUUUUAUUAUAGCCAGUGGUAUGUCUUUCAGAACAUUUUUAUACAAAUUUUUCUUUAAGAAUUUUUAGUAUAGAUAGUAUUUAGAAAAGUUCAAGAAGAUUUAGGAUUUCCCAGAAUGCUUUGACAAAUUCCGUAGAUCAAAUCCUUUUUUUUCCCUCUGCCAAAAAUGUCCUUUUCCUCUCUCUGCCUGUUCAAAUUUUAUUUCCCUCUGUGAAGUCUUGCCUGCGUCUUUUAAGCAAUUAUUUUUUUUCCUUUCUCUAUACUUCCGUGAUUUUCAGUGUCUCUGUAGUGGUACUUUUUCAAUUGAAUGACAAAUAUAAAUCUGUGUCUUUUGACCCUGAAUGUGGGGCAGAGACUGAGUCUUUACUUAUCUUUUUAUACAGUUAGCAUAAGGCAUUUCCCAGUCUUAGCCACUGUCCUUGCACCCUCCCCUGUAUUUCUCUUGUUAGGUUAUGCACGGGCUGGCCUUGUGUCAUUUUCCCCCGGGUUUGUUUGGAUGUAGUUGCUGUGUAGCACUGUGUAAGCUGGGCUUCUCCAUUGGCUCAGCUGUAGAGAGUCCGCCGGCAGUGCGGGAGACACAGAGACAUGGGUUUGAUCCCUGGGUCAGGAGAAUCUCCUGGAGGAUGAAAUGGCAACCCACUCCAGCAAUCUUGCCUGGGAAACCUCAUGGACAGGGGAGCCUGCAGGUUACAGUCUGAGGGGUCCCAAAUAUUUGGACACGAGUUAGUGACUAAGCAACAACAACAGGCUAUAUGUUAAAGGCAUACAGGUAGCUGAUUUUUAAAUAUUCUUGUUUCCCUAGUCUGAAUCUCAUGUCCUCAUUAGUCCCUUCAUUUUGCCAACAUGUGCAUUGAGAUUUAUUAAUCCAUGCUAAGGCAUCACUCUAAUUCCCAGAGGUAUAUACUGAAUAAAUGAAUGAGAGUGGCUUAAUUGUAGAGUGGAUACAGUAUAAUUUUCAAGACCCUGGAAGGGGAGGUAGGCACAAGAGGGUGUACAUCUCCUCAAUGUCUGUGAUUGAUAUGUGUUAUUUCAUGAAGCUUUAUGAUGAGUACUACCUUCGUUUCAUAAAUGAGAAAACUGAGCUUCUAAGAUUUAAGAUAUGUCCCAAGAAUAAAUAAGCUACUCAAUAGUAGAAUUGGAUACAUCCUCAAGGACUUCUGAAUUAAGCAUCGUUAAUAUUCAUUCUAUAUUAAAUAAUUUUGUGUGAUGCUUUCCUCCCUUUUAUACCUGAUUAGAGAUGCUAAAAGUAAGCUGGUAAUCCUGCCUCCCCAUAAGGUAUGAAAAUAGCUUAUUUCUAGGCAUUACCUCUAAAUACUAGUUUAGUUUGAAUGGGUAAACACAUUUUUAUUGUUAAGCUUUAUAGUUCAUGAGCUUAGGACUUCUGUUUUUGGCUAUUGAAACUUUUUAGGUCCUGUGUUAAUCACCAAUGUUCCAGGGUGCCCUAGAAAAUAGUUAGUUCUGCUUUAGGGUCAUUGGUAGCCUCCAUGUUUAAAUAUAGUUGGACCUGGGUGACCCAACUGUAGAAUAUAUAGAACUUUCAUACCAAUGUCAUGUCCAGUUAAAAUAUUAAACACAAGUUCUCUUUAAAAUUGUGAUUUAUUCCUUGUUUGAACUUUGUUACCUAGGACUAAUGCCAUGAAUUUAAAAUUGG